ACAAUAAACCCUACCUUGAGUCAUCUUUCUUCAAUUUUUGUAAUUGCAGGAGAAAGAGGGAAAAUGUUGAAGUUCCUAUCGAAGGUACGGCUCGAGUUCAAUGCGCUGGACCCUCGACUAGCAUCAUGCAUGGAGUUUUUGGCCCAAUGCAACGCGCGCAAAGCCAAAGAAUCAAACCCAGCGUGUCAGGUCCAGGUGAAGCGCCGGACCGACGAUGAACCGCCGAAGAUCACCGUGACCUUUGUCAACGGAGUGGAAGAAGUUUUCGAUGCCACAUCAACUCCUGCUCAGACGAUAAGGAACAUGAUUCUCGAGAAGGGUCAGCUCCUUGAAACCGAACAAAUGUUCCGUGAGGCUGGAGAGAAGUGGCCGGUGAUUAUCCCUGAGGAGGAGCUUGACCAACUGGCUCAGGGCACCAAGCCUAGGAAAGCAGAAGAAAAGAAGCAGUGAAGCCUCCCAUCUGAUCCAUUGAUUUGCUCAUUAACAGUGUCAAUGACUACCAGACCGUGAGGCUUGAACAGCUUAAUGGAACCUUCACUUUUGUGAGAGAAUACAUAUGUUAACACUGUUUCAAACCUGAUUUUUGCUGCUAGAAUGAAUGUUUUCAUUGACCAUAAUUUUGCAGUAUAUCUAUGGUGCCUGUCAGCCAGUUUACGAUUAUGCAAUAAAAAUAGCUGUGAUUACAGAUUCUGUUGAUGUUUUUGGCUAUGUUCGACAAUAUAUUUAGUGCAGUGAG